GAUGAAACAGGUGCUUACUUAAUCGACAGAGACCCCACCUACUUUGGACCUGUGCUGAACUACUUGAGACACGGAAAGCUGGUUAUUAACAAAGACCUUGCAGAGGAAGGAGUGUUGGAGGAAGCAGAAUUUUACAAUAUCACCUCAUUAAUAAAACUUGUAAAGGACAAAAUUAGAGAACGAGACAGUAAAACGUCACAGAUGCCUGUGAAACAUGUAUACCGUGUGCUGCAGUGUCAGGAAGAGGAGCUGACACAGAUGGUGUCCACCAUGUCUGACGGCUGGAAGUUUGAGCAGCUGGUCAGCAUUGGCUCUUCUUACAACUAUGGAAAUGAAGACCAGGCUGAGUUCCUCUGUGUGGUUUCCAAGGAGCUGCACAACACCCCUUAUGGCACAACCAGUGAGCCUAGCGAGAAAGCCAAGAUUUUGCAAGAACGAGGUUCAAGAAUGUGAGACAGUACUGACAGCUGAAGAAAUGAUUUACUUUUUCCCAAGAUACAUUGAACCGCCAUAUUCAGGAAGCUUGGCUGUGAGAAGAAACCUGCUUUUGAUCAUUUCUCUAGAGAUCUGGGUGUGGAUCCUUUUUUGCCUCGUAAGUGGGUGGUGAGAGACGGCCCAGCUGUCUGAGGCCCAGUGUCCCCGCGGGGAGGAGGCCAGGGCCAGGUGGGCUGUCUCUGGGGGCCUCACUCUGUUCUUUCUGAGUGCCACGUGGGACUGAGGCGGGAUGCUCCUGACCAGCCGGUGCAAUCCUGAAGAACAUUUGAAGGACAGGGUUCUUGGUGCUACAUACAUAGUCUGCGAUACACAGUCUGGGCCUCGGCAAGAGGAAGGGGCAGCAGCUGUGCCUACUGUCAGUGCACCGUGGCUCGGGGCUGAAUGCUGCUGGCCACCUUUGAGCACCAGGCCCUGGUCCUUGGAUCAGGGGCUCUUUGGCUCCAGGUGUGAUUGGCUUGUGGUCUCUCUCGCCCUCAACAGAGGCUUCUGAGAAAAGAGCCCUCUGCAUCAUCACUACUUUCCUAGGGCCUGACCCACGGCCUGGCCUCCUUCAGAGCCAGGCUUUCAUUCUGCCCUCGUAGGCCAGGACAGU